UCCGGUGAAAGAGAAGUGUCUUACGAUUACUCUUGACAAGGCCUAUCGUUACUCACCCGUUAGGUAGUUGGACGGGGUUUUCGGUAAUAACUAUGGCUCUGUGAUCAUCAACGAGUCAGGUUAUUUACUUUUUUUAAGAAAUAAGGAAACGUCACUACUAUAGUCGCUGCUUUUAGUAAACACCGCAUCGUCAGAGCCACAGGUUUGAACGUUAACAGCUAGUUAGUUAGCUAGCUAACACGUAAGCUAGCUAUUCGCCAACCCAAGCACCUCUAAAUUAAGUCCUGGUGUCUAUUUCAAAAUGUCAACUGCAGGGUUUAACUCUCAGAAUGGGACCGGGACAGGACAGACAUACACCAAUGGUCCGUCACAGAAUCCAGUUGCUGUGCAGCAGCUUCCAGGGGGCAGCUAUGGAAUGACUCAACAACCAACCUACAAUCCAAUGCAGGCCAAAGCUCCUGCACCCCUCGGCCCUGGACUCUACCCCUCUGGGCCCUACCAACCUGCUCCCCCAGUCAGCUCCUACCAACAUGCCCCCCCUGUCAGCUCCUACCAACCAGCUCCUCCAGGCCAGCCGCUGAUGACCAGACCUCUGUUGGGAGGUCCUCCAUCCCACACCCCCCCUCAGUCUGCCAGCCCUGGUCCGAGAUUGCCCCCUCCACAGGCCACACCUCCUCCUCCUGCUGUGUCUUCAAGUAACUAUUACCCUAACCCCCAGCAGCCCCAGCACAUGCCUCCAGCAUGGCAGUACAACAACGCUCCCCCACCAAUGGGGUCACCCUCUUCCAUGGGCACACCUCCCCGUGGCGCCAUGGCCAAUCAUGUGAACCCAGCUGCAAGCUCGACAGCGCCGCUGCUGCCACCGUCAGCAGCUUACAGCUCUGCACCGGCAGCCCAUGUUUCCCAUAGUGGCGCACAGCCUCCAGGCCCAGGGAGCCCCCCCACCUCUCUGCAUGGAUAUAUCCAGCCAGGCACGGCACCUCCACCUAUGAAUCCCAUGGCUCCUAACACAUACCAACCAAGCAGAGCAUCCUAUGGCCCCCCACCUACAGGCCCACCACCAACCAUGAAACCCACAGCCCCUCCCACUGGACCGCCAAUGGCCAAUGCUAAACCUCCACCCCCCAGGGCCGAUGCUCAGUGUGGGGGUGCCGUUAACAGCACUUUGCCCCCCACUGAGCCCGACUGCCAGGACGGGGAUAUUGAAUGUCCAGGAACCAUGGCUGGCAAUGGCCCACAAGCAUCAAACAGCCAUAAUCAUGUUGACAACAAAAUGGCUGGCAUGCCUCAGCACGGUCCACCGGGUCGGCACUUGGGCCACUACCCCUCCCUCCCCCCUGGGUACCAGAACACCCCGGCUCCUCACAAUGCCCCCCCACCCAUGCACCCUGCGCUGCAGGCCGCCACGCAGCCUUACACUCAAGCACAUCAGCCGUACCAGCAACCGCCUGGUGGCCCCGGGCCCGCCCAGCUGAGCCCGUCCCUGGCAGCCAUGAGCCUCCAGUCCAACACCCCAGAGUCCCUGAGGGUGGUCAACCUGCUGCAGGAGAGGAACCUGCUACCCCCGAGCCCCACCCCCCCUCCGACACCCUGCCUUCCACAGGACCUGCAGAAGAUCAACUGCAACCCAGAGGUUUUUCGUAGCACGCUGACUAGCAUCCCUCAGACUCAGUCGCUGCUCAAUAAAGCUAAGAUGCCGCUGGGCCUGAUGCUCCACCCCUUCAAAGACCUCUCGCAGCUUCCUGUGGUGACAUCCAGCACCAUCGUCCGGUGUCGGUCCUGCAGAACCUACAUCAACCCCUUCGUCUCGUUCCUGGACCAGAGGAGGUGGAAGUGCAACCUGUGUCAUCGGGUCAAUGAUGUUCCAGAGGAGUUUAUGUACAACCCAGUCAGCAGAUCGUACGGAGAGCCUCACAAAAGACCCGAGGUCCAGAACGCCACCAUCGAGUUCAUUGCUCCUUCAGAAUACAUGCUGAGGCCCCCCCAGCCUGCAGCUUACCUCUUCGUUCUCGACGUAUCCCACAAUGCAGUGGAAACAGGCUACCUGAAUGUGUUCUGCCAGUCAAUGCUGGAAAACAUCAAUGCGCUUCCUGGAGACUCUCGGACAAAGGUAGGUUUCAUCACCUUUGACAGCACCAUCCACUUCUACAACCUCCAGGAGGGACUUUCACAGCCUCAGAUGCUCAUCGUGUCGGACAUCGAAGAUAUCUUUUUACCAACACCAGACAGCCUUCUAGUAAACCUCAAUGAAUGCAAAGAGCUUGUGCAGGAUCUGCUGAAGAGCCUCCCCACUUUGUUUCAAAAGACAAUGGAGACCCAGUCUGCCCUGGGUUCAGCUCUGCAAGCAGCCUUCAAGCUGCUGUCGCCCACCGGAGGGCGCAUGACCAUCUUUCAGACCCAGCUGCCUAACCUCGGUGUGGGGGCCCUUCAAUCCAGAGAAGACCCCAACCAACGGGCAUCUGCCAAGGAUAUCCAGCACUUAUCCCCAGCGACAGACUUCUACAAGAAGCUGGCUCUGGACUGCUCCGGCCAGCAGGUGUCGGUGGACCUGUUCCUGCUCAGCUCUCAGUACUGCGACCUGGCAUCGCUCGGCUGCAUAUCCAGAUACUCUGCAGGGACUGUUUACUACUACCCAUCCUACCAUCACCAGCGCAACCCCGCUUUGGUGGAGUGCUUCCAGAAGGAUCUGAAGAGAUACUUAACCAGGAAGAUCGGCUUCGAGGCCGUCAUGAGGAUACGCUGCACCAAAGGUCUGUCCAUCCACACGUUCCACGGAAACUUCUUUGUGCGCUCCACGGAUCUGUUGUCCCUUCCCAACGUGAACCCAGACGCUGGCUUUGCGGUUCAGAUGUCCAUCGAGGAAAACCUUGACGACCUGCAAGUCGUCUCCUUCCAGGCUGCACUGCUCUACACGUCCAGCAAAGGAGAGAGAAGGAUCCGUGUCCACACCUUGUGUCUACCUGUGGUCAACUCUCUGUCGGACAUCUUUGCUGGAGCUGAUGUUCAAGCCAUCAGCGGGCUGCUUGCUUGCAUGGCUGUGGACCGCUCGGCGACGGCCAGUCUGAGUGACGCCAGAGAUGCGAUGACCAACGCUGCCAUCGACUCGCUGACGUCGUACCGGCAGUCCGUGUUGACCAUCCAGCAGCCCGGCCUGCUGGCCCCCGCCUGCCUCAGACUCUUCCCUCUCUUCAUCCUCGCCCUGCUUAAACAGAAAGCCUUCAGGACGGGCACCAGCACCAGGCUGGAUGACCGUGUGUUUGCCAUGCUUCAGCUGAAGUACCAGCCACUGGUCUACUCUCUGCUGAUGAUCCACCCUGCUCUGUACCGUGUCGACGAUCUGACCGAUGAGGGAGCUUUGAACAUCAAUGAGCGGACCAUCCCUCAGCCCAGAGUGCUGCAGCUGUCUGUUGAGAAGCUCAGCAGGGAGGCAGCAUUCCUCAUGGAUGCUGGAACGGUGAUGUAUCUGUGGAUCGGACGGAACUGCCACCCCAACUUCCUCUCACAAGUCCUGGGAGUUCCCAGCUACGCUGCUGUGCCUGAUAACCUGUAUCUGCUCCCAGAGCUGGACACGGCCGAGUCGCAGAGAACCAGAGCUUUCAUCGGUUGGCUGAGGGAUCAGAGGCCCUUCUUCCCCCCAAUGCAUGUCAUCAGGGAAGAGAGCCAGCUGAAAUCCACUUUUAUGCAGAACAUGAUCGAGGACCGAACAGAGUCGGCCCUGUCGUACUACGAGUUCCUGCUCCACCUCCAACAGCAAAUCUCCAAAUAAUCUUCAGUGGGACUGUGGAGACUAGGGAACACUGAAGUUAGGAUGUGAAUCAGUGUACGUACGUGCGUGUGUGUUUGUGUGUGUGAAAGCAGUGGGAGUCAGACUCAAGGAACCCUCUUGCUCCAUCUCCAGCUCCGGUCCACCAUCUCUUUCUAAGGAAAAGCUGAACUGACCUGAAGCGUCACUCAAAUCAAACUAUGUGGAGGACACUGCAAAGACUGAGAGAGAGACAAAUAAAUCGAUUCUGAUGCUUAUUUGAAACUUUUUACCCAGCUGAAGCUGUGCGUCGGAAGAUGAGAAAAAAGCAAGAAAUCCAUGAUGAUGAUGAUAGUGAUUAUGUAUGUUAACGAUUGAAUGAAUCAGUGUUUAUUCUCAUAGAACAAUGCUGUCAAACUGAGGUAUCGUUCAGAUACAGUCCAGGCAAAUGUAUGUGUGAAGUGUUUUUGUUCAAAAAGCAGUCUUUACUAAAACAAUUCAAACGUGUGUAUGCUUAGGACUAGGUUUAUGGGGAAGAUUAGUAUGUCUGCGCUCAAAGACUGUUAUUGAGUGUCACCAGGAGUAUUUGUAUACACGGCAUCUGAGCUCUAACAACAUUCUUUAAUAUCAAACCUGAAGGACAGAACGUGUGCUUUUUUAUUUCUUAGUCGUUAUAAUUAUGUGUCGAACAAAUUCGUAAUCUCAUCUGUAGAAGGCAGGGACGUUUGAGAUGUUUGAAGGCCGAUGGACCUCUUGGUUGAAUGUGUGGAAAGUCAUUUUCAUCAGUCUGAUCUGUCCUUUCAAAAACUGUCAUCUUUUCUGUCCGUUCAUUCAGAACUCCUCUGACGACAUCCCUGUUCUGUUUGUCCAUUUCUUCUUUUUGUUUCUGAUUAUCUAAUAAUUUAUGAGACUCCCACUCUGAUUAAAUUCUAUAAUUGCCUUGUAUGGGAAGUCACUUUUUAUUAUUAAACCUCUGUUUAAAUACAGACUCUAUAUAUGAAAUAUUUUAAUAUAAUAGGAUAUGGGAAAUUCUUUAACACAGACAUAACAAAGUCAUUGUGAUCUUUUAGUCAUGCUUAUUGAUACUUGUAUAUUGAAAAAUACUGCAUUAUAUCAAGGUGAACAAAUGCUGAUGACGAGUUUAGAAUAAACAUUAAGGUGAAAUGACGCUAAAGAAAUAAAAUGUUUGGGACUUUUUAAAUGUAGUUUUGUGUUUUGGUUGGGGAGCAGUGUUUAUUAGGUAAAAGUGAAGACUACAAAACAUAAAUAUGGACCAAUAGUAGUCAAUUUCUUUCUUGACUAAGUGUGAAUUGAGGAUUUUUGAUUUGGUCUGAUUUCAUACAGUUUGUAAUCUAUGUAUUAUAUAAGCAAAUAUGUAUUUAGAAGCAGACAGAUAUGUUUUCGUCUUUAUGCACAGAACUGUCUUUCAUACAAAUAUGAUGAAAAUAAAAAUAGCCUGUGUUUGUACAGAGUAAACCACAGAGGUUUGGACUUAUCAAAUAUGAUAUAUUAAAGAGCCGGCUGGGAAUCAA